UUCCACUAAUAGUGUUCCUCUUUUUAGUAUUAUUAGCAACUAGCUAGCAUAAUCACUACAACAUCUCUGGGGAUUUAUUUUAGAAAUUAGCUCAAUGAAAACACCGCCGGGGAAACGCAGUUACUCUAAACUUCCUGUGUGGAUUGUAGAAGAUCACCAUGAGGUUGUGCAACACAUCUACCGUGCCAUCGGCUCUCGGCACAUCCCGAUGAAGGACGUUAAGAUGGUUCACUUGGACUCGCACCCUGACCUGCUCAUCCCCGUCAGCAUGGCUGCACACACCGUGUUUGAUAAAGAGGCGCUGUUCAGUGAGCUGAGCAUCGAAAACUGGAUCAUGCCGAUGGUGUACGCCGGACACGUGUCCCACGUCGCCUGGCUUCAUCCGUACUGGGCUCAGCAGAUCCGAGAGGGCGAGCACAAGAUGUGUGUGGGCAGGGAUACGUCUACAAACACCAUCAGAGUCACGAGCACAGACGAUUACUUCCUGAGCGACGCUCUUUACGUUCCCGCCGAGCAGCUGGAAGACGGGAAGCCCUUCCGUCUGAGCGUCAUCCGUGUGGAUCCAGCGCACACGUCUGAGAAGAGCCAGGGCGACCCUCAGCAGAACGCUGCGAAAAAAUCCAAACCGGACCCUCAGCCAGGCAGCAGCGGGACGUGCGGUGGCGUAUCUCGGCCAUCAGAUGGCAGCAGCGGCACACCGGAGACGCCGAGUGCGGAGGAAGCACGGGCUUCAGCCGUAGCCAGCCUACUGAGUGUGCUCGAGCGGGACGAUCCCUACAUCCUCGAUAUCGACCUGGAUUUCUUCUCCUGUAAGAAUCCCUUCAAGGAAAUGUACACUCAGGAAGAGUUGGCCAUGCUGCAGGAGCUGUACGGUUUCGAGAGGCCGCGCGAGGAUGCGGACGAGGAGACGCUGUGUGAGUGUGUGGAGAGACGAACACGGCAGCUGGAGGACCUGGAGGCGACGUUUGCUGACCUGCUGGAGGACGACAGCGAGCUCACCGUGGAACGCUUGGCGGAUAAGCCUGGGAUGAAAUCUUUGGUGAAGCUCGUCUGCAGCUUGAAGAGUCGUAACGAAUCCCCAGACUACGAAAUGACCCACCAGGCCGGUCUGACCUGUGAUUACUCGGAGCUUCCUCACCACGUCAGCAGUACAGCGGAGAUCCAGCAGCUGAUGCUCGCGGUGCGCUCGGUCCUGCAGCCUCUACCCAAACCCACCCUCAUCACCGUGUCCAGGUCGAGUUUGGAUGAAUAUUGUCCUCCCGAUCAGGUCGACUCCAUUCAGAGCAGCGUGCUGAAGGUUCUAGAAACUCUUUUCGGUUCUUUAGAUGUCCAUAAGGAGUACGAAGAAGCUUCUGGAGAAAGCGCAUCGCAGUCCUCGUGAUGAAAAUCAGCUUUAGUGCAGCUUUGUAAUGCACUCUGAGUGAACCAGCAUGAGCACUUGUGUGUGUGUGUGUGUGUGUGUGUGUGUGUGUGUGUGUGUGUGUGUGUGAGAGAGAGAGAGCGACAGCAUGUUGAGUGUUUUUAAAUUGAAGCUCCUGGAAUCUAUUUCUGCUUGCUGAAUUUAACAUCAGUGAAGGAUGGAAGCGGUGAAGUCCGUGUGUCUCACACACACACACACACACACACACACACACACUCACACACACACACCUCUCAGAAAACGGAUUUGUUCUGCAUGUGCAUCACACUGAUUUCCUGUGAAGUCCCAGAGAAAAAUCUCUUCUUCCUGAAGUUUAAAUAUUGUAUUAAAGAGUCGUAUUUUGUGUAAA